AUGUCAGUUGUCAAUGACACCAAAUUCAGCUCUGCAGUGUUCCUUCUCACCGGGAUACCUGGGCAGGAAGACGUCUAUCUCUGGAUCUCUAUCCCCUUCUGCUUAGUGUAUAUUAUUUCAAUAGUAGGAAAUUCAGUCAUUCUGUUCAUUAUAAAAACAGAUCGAAGCCUCCAUGAGCCCAUGUACAUUUUCCUUUCCAUGUUGGCCAUCACAGACCUUGCCUUAUCGAUAUCCACCAUGCCUACAACACUGGGUAUAUUCUCGUUUAACUCUAGGGAGAUCAGUCUGGAUGCUUGUUUUGCCCAGUUGUUCUUCAUUCACUCACUUUCAUUCAUUGAAUCAUCGGUACUCCUGUUGAUGGCCUUUGAUCGAUUCGUUGCUAUCUGUAACCCACUGAGAUAUGCUUCUAUCUUAACCCUGCCGAGAAUUGGAAAGAUGGGACUGGUGUGUGUGCUAAGAGGUAUGGCUGUAAUAUUCCCACUCCCCUUUCUUCUUAAACGGUUCCGAUAUUGUCGAGCCAAUGUCCUCUCCCAUUGCUACUGCCUGCACCAAGAGGUCAUGAAGCUGGCUUGUUCAGACAUCACAGUCAACUACAUCUAUGGCUUCUUCCUUACAGUCUCCAUGGUGGGAUUGGAUUCACUGUUCAUCUUCCUCUCAUAUGUGAUGAUCCUCAAAACAGUGGUGAAAGUUGCGUCCCAUGGAGACUGCCUUAGGGCCCUGAACACAUGUGUCUCCCACCUCUGUGCUGUCUUGCUCUUCUACACACCAGAGAUUGGCUUGGCUGUGAUACACAGAUUUGGGACAGGCUCUCCUCCAUUGUUCAAGGUUCUCCUGGGCUACAUCUCUCUGUUGGUCCCGCCACUUAUGAACCCAAUUGUGUACAGCGUGAAAAGCAAACACCUUCGUGCGAGGAUAAUCAGGGUGUUCUUCAAGUGA